AUGGAUAUCGGAAAGACAGCCCCGGAAGUCGUUCAAGGCUGCUUCGUCUUCUCCGGUCAAGUCUGUGUUGCCACGAAGAGAGUCUAUGUACACGAGAGCAUCUAUAAGCCAUUCCUGGAAGCCAUGGUGGAUGCAGCUUCUCGGAUGGUAGUUGGCGAGGCGGGAAAUCCCAGUACUACGAUGGGUCCCAUGCAGAACAAAAUGCAAUACGAGAAGGUUAAGGAAUUGGUUGCCGACAGCGAGGCCCAAGGCUACAAGUUUGCUCUUCCUCCCCAACCCAUGGCCUCUGGAAAGGGAUUCUACCUCUCACCUAGUAUCGUCGACAACCCACCUCCUACAUCUCGAAUUGUCCUUGAGGAGCAGUUUGUCCUUAAGUGGUCCGAUGAGUCGGAUGUCAUCGCCUGUGCGAACGGCACUACUUCCGGACUGGGAGCUUCUGUGUGGAGUGCUGAUGUUGCUCGGGCGGAGCGAGUUGGCCGGCUGAUGCAGGCCGGAAGCGUGUUUGUGAAUUCCUGGGCGAAAACGACGCCACGAGCGAUGCUAUCGGGACAAAAGGAGAGCGGACUUGGCGGUGAAUGGGGUUCUACAGGGUUCCUUGGGUAUUGUAACACUCAAGUCGUGCACGUCUUCAAAUGA